AUGGCCCAGGAAUACGAUGAAGAGGCGCGCAGCGCCUAUGACAAGCAUCUCAAUGAGUUCAGUGCUGCAGCGUCCACCACCGGACCUCUGGCAGGCCCUUCGAACCAGGAGCAGGAAGAGUACGACGCCGAAACGGUUGAAAAGGUCUACAGAAAGCUUGAUCUUCGCAUCAUUCCAGCUUUCUGGUGUCUCUACUUCCUGUGCUCGGCUAUCAGGUCCAACAUUGGCAUCGCCCAGACUAUGAACAGUGCCCAGGGUCACGACUUGAUGUCGGUGCUAGGACUAACCGCCAAGGAUACGUCAACUGCACUGGCUCUCUUCUACGUCGCCUAUGUCAUCUUCGAUUGUCCCUCGAAUCUGGUUAUGGCCAGACUCAACCCGAGAGUGUGGAUGGCCCGUAUCGUCAUCGCCACUGGUAUUGUCGGUACCUGCUUUGCGGCCGUUCAGAGCGCAUGGAGUGUCAAGUUUCUUCGAUUCCUGCUCGGUGUUGUCAUUGCCGGCAUGUGGCCUGGAAUGUCCUACUACCUGACAUUGUUCUACCCGCCUUCUCGGACUGGCAAGCGCAUCGGCAUGUACUUCACCGCUGCUCAGCUUUCGGCUGCCGUCGUAGGUCUCGUCUCCGCUGGGUUCCAGCUCAUGGAUGGGCUCGGAGGACUGGUCGGCUUCCGUUGGAUGUUCCUCAUCUACGGUCUCGUCGCGGUCGUUCUCGGGUUCUCUCUACUCUGGUGGCUUCCCGACCGUCCACUUCCUCCCGGUCAAACGCGCGAGCGGUCGAAGUGGCUGAAGUGGAUUCCGCCUACACCUGAGGCUCUCACUGGCCACGAUGCGGUUGUCCACUACUCCGAACUCCGUCGGGUUUACCACCCUAGACCAUGGACUGUCAGAGACCUUUUCCGGGUUCUCAUUGACUGGCGCCUUUGGCCGUUGACCAUGAUGUACUUCGGAGUUGUUGGCGUCGGUAUUGGUACUCAGCUUUACGGCUCCGUCAUCAUUCGGUCUAUUGUGCCCACGGCAUCGAGCAUCGAAGUCAGCCUGCUGUUUGCUCCUAUCUGGAUCAUGGACUUGAUUGCAAUCCUAUUGAUCAUGCCGAUCUCCGACCGCUUUCACCGCCACAGACCCUUCAUUUUCUCGGCCGCCGUGUGCAUCCAGAUUGCCGGGCUUCUGGUUGUCACCUUCGCCCUGGACAACGGAUGGGCUCGCUACGGUGGACUUUUGAUGGUGGGAUUCGGUCUCGGCCCAACUGUCCCAAACUGUAUGACAUGGACGAACGAGAUCUUCCAGCGCCGUCAUGGUGAAGUCGGCGUCGCCGCGGCGUCCGCCUUGGUAUCAGGCCUUGGUAACCUGGGAAGCAUCGUCACGACCUACGCCUUGUACACGGGCUGGCCAGAGGACGCUGCCAAGGGCCGCUACCAAUACCGCCGCAGCAACUAUGCCAUGAUCGGCAUCUUGUGCGCCAGCAUUGUCAGCAGCUUCGCCAUGUUGAUUCUCUUGAGAAUCUUCGGCAACCCCCCGGCGAACAAGAUCUCUUCCGACUCUUCCAGCGAGAUCCAGGACGGAGCAGCGCGACGAGAGGCCCGGGAGCGCGGCCUCGGCAAGUUGUUCAACCGGGACAACCAGGCCUAG